UAUUACUACCGCUGCUGCUGUUUAUUAAUAGGUGUUCCUGCUUUUACUAGUAGCAGCAGCAGCAGCAACAAUAAUACUUGCAGUAGUAGUAGCAGUACUACUACCACCACUACCAUAAUCGUCAUCAUUACAAGCACCAGCAGAAGCAAAAACAUCCUAAAAGAAAAAAUAGCAAGAAAAACGGACGAAAACAAACCUAGCUGGUGAAUUACUUUAAGUGGCAGUAAUAGUAGUAGUAAUAACAUUACCAUCAUCACCAGCAGAAGCGAUAAUAACACAUUUAGUAGUAGUGAUGGUGGUGGGAGAAGUUUUUGCCAAUUAAGAGCCGAGUGUUUUCGUUAAUACAACUCUCUGCAUUUCACUAGGAAGCUACAAUUAAGACCCGAGUCGAAGCCGCUUCUAAUUAACCAUUAUUACUAUUAAGGAAUUAUCUCCAGACCUCCCGUGCAGACCAAUGGGCAGUAAUAACACCAAGAUAAUUAUGAGAUGUCGAUCAUUAGUGCUGCUGAGCAUGGCUACAGUCAGCAGGUAGAGACUUUACUGGCCAAUGGUCAUUCCGUCCAUGGAAAAGACGGGAGUGGGGCCACUGCUUUGUUUUGGGCUGCGUGCAGGGGCCACACAAGGAUUUGCAACAUUCUCCUUGAAGCUAAUGCUUGCCCUGACGAUCGUGUCGAGUGGGGGUCAACGGCCCUUCAUGCUGCAGUAGACGGUGGACACACAGACUGCGUUGCUUUACUCAUCAAUUUUGGUGCCAGCGUGAAUGUGCAGAAUAAACGUGGGGACACACCUCUACACCUUGCUUGCUACCAUGGUUUCACAGACAUUACCAGUAUCCUGCUGAAGAACAACGCUGAAAUCUUCAUAGAGAAUAACGAUGGUAAAAAUUCCUACAUUGAAGCCGACAGUCAGAAAAAUUUCAAAGUUCUGGACAUCCUCUUGAGGCAUAUACGACGUUUAAACUGCACUGCAACCCCUGACAGUUCUUACCAGUAUGACAAGCAGUAUUUAUCCACGCUUCCCGUUCGCCAAUUUGCCACGGCUCCAAUGCAGCAGAACUCAUUGAACAACCUGUCGAGUUACUCUUCAUUCUCUUCAUCUUCUUCUUCUUCUUCAUCUUCUUCGGCUCCAUCCAACAAAAUGGACAGCUACGGAAGCAGUCGUUUCAACAGUAUUUCAGGCCGGGUCCCGAACGAAUGCAGUGAAAUCAGCAAUUUUUGUAGAUACAACGACAACAGCGGAAAGAAUUAUUCACAGAAAAAUAUUGGCACGAAACAAGAAUCAAACAGAUCUUUCAGUCCUUGCAACACGAUCGCAACAUUCGAUCCAGACUUGAAGAAUAUUCACAAUAUCGAGAUCCUCAAGAAUAAGUUAUCUCAAGAGGAAAUGGAAAAGAAAGAUCUAUUGAGACAGCUGAAUGCUUACGAGCAUGAUAUAUCCGAACUGAAGGAACAUAUACGUAACCUGUCGCUUCGGUUUUGCAACGAGGGCGCUGUUACUUCCAGUACCUCGUUACGUCCAGAUGACUCCUUCGUUAACAAUGCAUCGAAACCCGUGCAGAACAAUCAUUCCGAUGUCUCCCCUCUUUCUAGAUUUGUAAAUACCGAUUCCCCUCAAGUCGAAGCGACGUGCCCAACCAACAACAAUUCCACCGGCAUUCACGAUUCUCAAUUACAUUCUCCGGUCACUCAUUCUCACAAAAUCUUGCUCCAAAUCUGUCGGCAGUCGGCCAAUUUGGGGCCAGAUAUCUUAAAGCAGCAUCUGCUAUUGAACUGGGUCCACUACCCUCACAAACCACUCAUUAAAGACAGUGAAAAGACUAAAUGGUUACUAGAUGUAAACUAUACACUCCGGGAUCGUACACCCUUGAAUGGCGGGAGGCCUGACUGCCUGGAAGGGACAUGUUCCCUAAUAUUCAGAAUACAGUACAACCAACACAAUCUCAUACUUAAGAUGCUGCUGAACAUUCUAGAAAUGAAUGAAUACGGCCACAACCAGGGCCUCAGCACGCAGAAUGCCCUCCAGCACAGGUUUGGUCCUGAAUGCCUACCCAACAGUCUACCUUUGCACAGGAACAUCAUCCAGAUUCUACACAAUUACAAGGGCUCCACUUUAAGCUUCAAGGAGUACCAACCUUAUUUCAUACCGAGUGAGAUAGAGAAUUUGGAAUCGGCAUACCAGACGCUGUUCCUUAUUCUACACGAAUACCCCACCACUUUGAAGAAAUUCAUAGAAUUCUCCAUAAUCGAUCCGGAUCAAUUUGAGACGUUCUUCUUGCAGAUUCUAUACCAGUUGCUUAAUGCGGUCAGUUUUCUUCAAGAGCAUCAUGUCGCCCAUCGAGACAUCAAAGCCGAUAACAUCUUCCUUAACUGUUUCCUACAACCGGUGCUGGCCGAUUUCGGAUUUGCUCGGAAGCUGCGAGAUGAUGGUGACGUCCAAGGUCGUGAUCACGUUCCGUUGUAUCCAGACAGCUUGCAGGACAUCAAAUGUGCCAAUCCGUUUGCAUGGGCUCCGGAACUAACGCGAUGGAAUAACGGUUUCGAAAGUAUUUCUCUAAAAGACGCGACUUUGGAUGAAAUCUAUCGAUGUUCAGACACCUAUGCCAUCGGUAGAAUGUUCUACGCAUUCUUCAUGUUGGAUACCCAGACGUUUCCAAGUGUGGGUAGUCUUAAGCCACAUUACACUAAGGAUGAAAUACCUGCACUCCAAAUACCUCCUAGUCUCGCUUAUAUUCUACAACACCUUGUGAUGGAUUUGCCUUCUGAACGACUCACAGCACGAGAAGCUAUGCUUAGGAUUGGUUGUCUUCUUUAUCCGCCAUCAGAAGGGGACGUCACGCGUCAAGAAGAAGUCGGUUUUUACCUUAAAGCAAAGAGGUUGUCACUGCUUUCUGUUCCUCCUCCAAAUAUGCCGGAAGAGUCCAUGUAUGGCAAGGAGGUGUGUAGCAUAGCAGAGAGUAUCCAGAUAAACAGGGACCUCUUGGAGGCCAAUUUCCUGUCCACGGUCACCAAUGAGGAAUUCUGGGAAGCCUACCAAACAAUGGCCCCUUUCAUAACGACCACAGUCACGUGACUGACCCCUACUCCACUAAUUAUACCCACCCUCAUCUCUGCUCCCAUCAUCUGUUCAAACUUAGACAUACAAACACAUGUGUGUAUGUAUAUAUAUAUAUAUAUAUAUAUAUACACACACACACACAAACAUAUAUAUGCAUACAUACACA